AUGAGGGGUUCUCACUCGAGUUGUAGUGGUUACCUAAAACGUGAGCUUCGCCAAGAGGAACAGAAAGAGCAUCCCGAGCUUUUGAACGCCCGUCCAACUGGACUUUGUCGUUCUCGGUACAUCGCCGACGGUACUAACCAGAAGCCUACUAAGCCCCAUUGGCUCCAUCACCAACCUCCCAAGGCACCGCGCGGCGCAUUACAGGUAGGCAGGUACUGUGUAGUGUACGUACAUACCUCUAUGAUCCAAAGGAUGAAUUUGACAAAUCGUGCAGGUCAAUCGAGUGUCAAGAGCCAAAAUCGUGCAACUGCGUCCGAAUUCAGCCACGAUUGA